GAGGUUGAAGGAACAUAUUCAAAGCAAAAGCUAAAAUUCAGAAGUAAACCUUUUCUCUCACCACACUCAACCUUUUGCACCAUCCACAAAGCAAAGGAUCUCCCAGAAUCACACUUCUUCAAGUUCAGCCAUGGCUAACCCACCAUUCACCAUCCUCCUCACCUCCCAACCACACUCAUGGAGUACUACACAAACACGGCUGUCAUCGUUGUCGCCGCAAUCGCACUCCUCCUCGCAGCAACUGUCAUUCCAGGAGUUGAAGGAACAAUUGGGGUCAACUAUGGCACGGUGGCAAACAACCUCCCUCCACCGGCACAAGUGGCGAACUUCCUCCUCGAAUCCACCGUCAUCAACCGCGUGAGGCUCUUCGACGCCAACCCCGAAAUGCUACAAGCCUUUGCUAACACUGGAAUUGCCAUUACUGUCAAUGUCCCUAAUGAACAAAUUCCCCAACUCACCAAGAUCAAUUUUGCUCAACAAUGGCUCAAAACCAACAUUGUACCUCACAUUCCAGCCACUAACAUAGUCCGAAUUCUUGUUGGCAAUGAAGUACUUUCCACAGCCAAUAAAUUGCUAAUCGCAAGCCUUGUCCCGGCAAUGCAAACCCUCCACACAGCCUUGGUCGGAGAGUCUUUAGGCCGUCCAAUCGAGGUCUCAACCCCUCAUUCUCUAGGCAUUCUCUCAACUUCAAGCCCACCGUCCACCGGAAAAUUCCGACAAGGCUACGACACCCAUGUCCUCAAACCACUCCUGAGCUUCCUGAGAGCAACCAAUUCACCUUUCAUGAUUAACCCAUACCCUUUUUUCGGCUGCUCGGCUGACACUAUUGACUAUGCCUUGUUUAGGCCUAACUCUGGAGUGUUUGAUGAAAACACACACUUGACUUACACAAACAUGUUAGAUGGACAAUUAGAUGCAGUCUUCUCAGCAUUGAAACUCCUUGGCUUCACUGACAUUGAGAUCGUCAUAGCUGAAACCGGGUGGCCAUCGAUAGGUGAUCCAGCACAGGUCGGUGUUGAUGCAGACAACGCGGCACAAUACAACAGAAAACUUAUGCAACAUGUGACAUCGAAUGUGGGCACACCCCUAAUGCCUAACAGAACAUUUGAAACGUACAUUUUCGCACUUUUCAAUGAAAAUUUGAAGCCAGGGAUGACUAGUGAAAGAAAUUUCGGGCUGUUUGAGCCUGACAUGACACCGGUCUACGACGUUGGGAUCCUAAGGCCAACGGCUAAAGCAAACUUCCCUUCGAACCCAACCCCAUAUUUUGCACCUGCAAUGAGUCCAUUGCCAGGAUCUAAGAGAAAACAGUGGUGUCUUCCCAAAACAGGAGCUAGUGAAGAGGCUUUGCAGAAUAAUAUUGAUUAUGUAUGUGGGUUGGGAUUGGACUGCAGACCGAUUCAAGAAGGUGGCGCGUGCUUCCUUCCUGACAAUGUUCGAGCCCAUGCAGCGUAUGCCAUGAACGCGUUCUACCAAGCUACAGAGAAGGAUGAGUACGAUUGUGAUUUUGAGCAAACUGGAUCUGUUACUUCCAUAGAUCCAAGUUAUGGAAGAUGCAAAUAUUGAUACAAAAGGAGUUCUGAAAGGAAGAAAAGAAAGACCCCCAUAGAGCAUACAAGAUUUAUGCUACCUUUUGUAGUUUUAAGUUUUUAGUUGGUUUCCCUUUUGACAGUAGAAUAAGUAAGUUAUGAACUGUAUUGCUAAAUUAUACGUGUGUGUGUGUUUGUGCGCUUUGGUAAUCACAUAAACUGAUGAUCUAGUUUGCUUUA